CUCUCUCCAAAUUUAGAAAUAUCAACCAACUCAAAAUAUGGCAUCUUCUUCACUUGUUUUAGCCACUCUUUUUCUAGCCACUUUUAUUGCCACUUCUAAUGCUAACUUCAACAAUGACUUCACCAUUACUUGGGGAGAUGGUCGAGGUAAGAUCCUCGGCGAUGGGGAUGACCUCACCCUCUCCCUAGACAAAGCCUCAGGGUCGGGUUUCCAAUCUAAAAACGAGUACCUAUUUGGUAAAAUCAAUAUGCAGUUAAAACUCGUUCUUGGUAACUCUGCUGGUACUGUCACCGCUUAUUAUCUUUCGUCGAUGGGAACUACCCACGACGAGAUAGAUUUUGAGUUUUUAGGAAAUGUUAGUGGACAACCUUACACUCUCCAUACCAAUGUGUUUGCUCAAGGGAAAGGUAACCGCGAAAAACAGUUCCACCUAUGGUUCGAUCCUACAAAGGAUUUCCACACGUACUCGAUCCUUUGGAACCCUCAGAGGAUUGUUUUCUCAGUUGAUGGGAUUCCAAUUAGAGAGCACAAGAACAUGGAAUCACAAGGAAUCCCAUUCCCUAAGAAUCAACCAAUGAGGAUUUACUCUAGCUUGUGGAAUGCUGAUGAUUGGGCUACACAAGGCGGGCGAGUCAAGACUGAUUGGACUCAAACCCCGUUUACUGCGUCAUACAGGAAAUUCAAUGCUGAUGCUUGUGUUUGGGCAUCUGGUUCAUCUUCGUGUGGGUCGGGUUCUUCGCCCUCUUCGACCUCAGAUUGGCUGACUGAAGAGCUAGAUUCAACAAGCAUGGAAAGGAUGAAGUGGGUGCAGAAGAAUUAUAUGGUCUACAAUUAUUGUGCUGAUGUUCAGAGGUUUCCUGAAGGGCUUCCUACUGAAUGCAGUGUUUCAUCCUAAAUGCAUUUACACUUUUUGUUUCGAUAUUAAAUUCUUUAUUCUUGAUUCUUUGUAGCAAAUUAAAUGAAUGUACACCCAAAAGUUCAUAUUGUAGAAUUGCUAUUCAAUUUGUA